AUGGAUCGAUUGAGAGUUCCGGUCCUGAGGACCUCCCGCAAAAUCUUUGCCCCGUUUCACACGCUCAAAUCGAGACUUACAAGAAUAUUUGGAUUGUAUCGGCUCGGAUCUUCAGAUUCGCCAGAGAGCCCAACUUGGAGUGACUCAGAAUUGAAGCUUCUCGAAGAGAGAAGUGCCUCAGAACGGAAUUCCCUUGAGCAUCUGCCCUCUGCUGAACCGAGGAAUUCCCCUUCAAAGCUCUGCCUCAUGCUAGGCAUCAUGACGAAUAUUGUCUCAACAACCUCUAUUGUUUUCACUAACAAAUACAUUUUCUCACAUGAAGGACUGCGCAACUGUCAAUUAGCAUUUGCAGCCUACCACUUCUUGAUCACCGGACUUACAUUGUGGGCUAUAUCCCAGCUUCGUUACGGUGAUUUCGUCGCAAAAAGAAUCCCAAUUUACCGCAACUUCCACCUUGUUACCCUGACUAGCGCCCAAGUGGUUCUCCAAAAUUUAUCUCUCGCAUAUUCGUCGGUCAUAUUCCACCAGCUUGUGAGACUACUCCUCACGCCAGCUACCGCUUUGUUCGGUUUUUUAUUCUAUCGUGCUACUAUUCCAAGUGCAUCAAUCAUUCCCUUGGUGAUCUUAUGUGGCGGCGUUGGAGUUACUUUCUAUUGUGAUUCUCAUUCUAUGACUGAUAAAAACGCCGGGACAUCUCUACAGGGAGUCGUCUUCGCUUUCACCGGCGUACUGACCAGCGCUCUUUAUACAACGCUAAUCGGAACAUAUCAGAAAAAGUUGCAAGUAAAUAGCAUGCAGCUUCUUCUCAAUCAAGCGCCUAUGAGUGCCGGCUUUCUUAUGUGUUUGGCCCCCUUUAUUGAUACUUCUCCCACGGCCACCGCGCUUUCGCCAUCAGUGUGCUUCGCAAUUUUUGGAAGCGGAAUGUUAGCUUGCCUUGUGAACGUUUCCCAAUUUUACGUUAUCAAUGCCGUAGGCCCAGUCAACAGCACUGUAAUUGGACAUUUGAAAACUUGCAUGAUUGUGGGCCUGGGGUGGUUUAUUAGUGAUCAACCAAUUUCAAUGCAAAGCGUUGUUGGCAUCAUAAUGGCACUGCUGGGUAUGAGCCUGUAA